GGGGUCCGGGAGGGUCUCAGAGCACGGCCCGACUCGGCAGAGCCCGGGAUGUUGGUGCUGCUCGUCCUGGUCCUCGGGACCCCCCACGCAGACACCUUCGUGGUCCAGGUGGCCAGCGAGUGCCCAGUGGUGGCCACCAACGGCUCCUUCGGCCUCACCCUCCUCUUCAACAAGCUCCCCCUGGUCUGCGUGGACCCCCAGGGUCCCCCCAAAUUCGUGCCCUGCGCAGGGGGGGGACCCCUGGAGAAGGUGGGGGCCAAACUGGCCGAUACCCUCAACGGGGACCCCCGCUGGGGGGAGAGGCUCCAAAAAAGGGGGGGGGUGUGCACCCAACUGCCCCCAAAAGUGUGGGGGGACACGGCCCUGAGGAGAGUGCCUCCCAAAAUCCGCGUCGUCCCCUCGGCGACGGGAAACGCCCGGACCCCCCUCGUCCUGACGUGCCACGUGUGGGGCUUUUACCCCCCCGAGCUGAACCUCGCCUGGCUCAGGAACGGGUUGCUCCUGGACGACCCCCAGGGCCCCCCCGGGACCCCCCCGAUUGUCCCGAUGGGGAGCUGGACCUACAGGAGCGAGGGGACCCUCGAGGUGCCGCCCCCCGAGCCCGGGGACACCUUCACGUGCUCGGUGCAGCACCCCAGCCUCCAGCAGCCCCUCCUGGAGGAUUGGGCUCCAGGCCUGGCCCCACGGCUGUCUCUGCUGGUGGCCUUGGCUACCCUGGCCAUGAUUUUGGGGCUCUUCCUCUUCGCCUUUGGCUUCUGGAGGUACCAGAAGAAGCUCCCAAAGCCAGGUUACACCCCCCUCCCAGGUGACAGCUCUGCAGGCAGCAUCUGAGGACCCCCCCAGGACCCCCAGGACGGCAACAGCGCGUCUGUGACGGACUCCGAGCCCCCCAAAACCCCCAACCCUCCCCAAAAUGUCCCCACAAAACGUCCCCCGAAAGGUGGAAAUAAAGAUGGUCAUUUUGU